UUGGCUGAGCUUUGGUGAGAUCCAUCCUUCUAAUGGUGCCCUCUCUCUCUCCAGUGCAUCUGCAGAUCUUCCUCGGUGCAGGACUGUCCCUCCUCUGCCUCAGCAUCCUCCUAGGCUGUGCCAUGUGCUGGUGGCACCGCCGGCGCCCAAGUCCCCACCCCAGCCGGGAGUGGGCAGCCAUGGAGCUGGGACCUGCUCUGCCUGCCGUGACUGUGCCAGUGCCCAUCCAGCAACAGUAUGAGGAGAUGGCAGGAGAGGUGGCGGGGGCUCGGGCAAAAGAGAGUUCCUUGACAUCAGCAGCAUCCUAUGGGAGUUUGCUCCAUGUCAGAGCAUCCUUGCCCACUCUCCCCUUCCUCCCGCAGCUGGCGGGAGCAUGGCAGCGCCGCUGCACCAUCUCUGGAGCCAAACUCCUCCACAACAAGGAGAGCCCACUGGUCCACCCCGUCGCAGGAUCCCCACUGCCCUCCGAGCAGCGUCCUCGGCUCCACUGCGACUUAUCCUACUCACCACCCGAGGCCAUUCUCACCGUGACGAUUCUCGGCGUCUCCCACCUGCCCAAGGGGCUGCAGGACGACCAGGGCUCCUACGUCAAGGUGUACCUGGUGCCGCGGCUCCCGGCGUGCCAGCGCGUGGCCGUGUGCCGCCGGAGCCUCCGCCCUGCCCCCCUGGAGCCGUGCCAGUUCGGCCCAUACAGCCCAGAGGAGCUGAGCAGCUUCACCCUGCGCUUCGCUGUCUAUGCCAGGUUGCGCAGCCUCAGGGACUCUUUUGUGGGGGAGGUCCUGUUCCCCUGUGCCCAGGCCUCUUGGGACCCCCAGGCCUCUUCCGGCUACACCUGGGAGCUGGCGAGCACCAAAACCAAGCUCAGGAAGGUCAGGAUGGCUGCAGUCUCCAGCAGGGGGUUGUCCUCAUGUUUUGGCUGGAGAAGGUUUCACGGCGUCUCCUGCUCUCUCCUCCCAUUCCAGUGCCUCAGAGCCCACGGCACGAGCUGCAGCGUCCUCUCCUCAUCACCCAAAUCCCUUGGACAGCUCUUCCUUCUCCUCCAGUACCAGGCUCUGGCCGGCCGCAUCAAGGUGCUGGUCCGCAAGGCACAGGACCUGGGCCGGCUCUCACGCGUGCCGGGCACACCAGGUAGGACAUGGGACAUGGAGCAAGAGGUGAAACCUCAGGAGCUGUCUGCGCUCUUCCCAUGGUUCCACAGAGGUUCUGUAGCCCCCCCUUGCACAGCUGGGGAACUUCCAGCCUCCCUCCCUGGCAUGUGUCCAGAGCAGGUCCCUCUCUCCAUGGCUCUGUCUCCGUUUCCAGGUCACUACAUCAUCAUCCACCUUUACCACAAUGGCUGUGUCAUUGACACCAAGGAGACCAACUCCAUCAGUGGCUACAACCCUGUGUGGAACAAGCCUUUCCUCUUCAACAUCCCUGCUGGGGAUAUCCAGCAGCAAGAGCUGGCAUUGGAGUUCAUUGUCAUGCAGGUGAGGUGGAUGGAGGUGACCAUGGCUAUGAAGGUCACCUGGAUCUCCUGUGCUCCUGCACCUGGGGAGCUCAGCCCUCAGAGGAGCCAUUUCUUGAUGCCUACAGGAGAUUGCUGGGGUGGGAUCACUCUUUUGGGGGUGAUGGAAAGCCACCAGCCAUGUCCCAUUUCCCCUCUCCUGCCACAGGCUCGCCUCCAUACCCGUGGCUCCGCACUGGGCUGUGUGCGGGUGGGGCCACAUGCCCCUGGGACCGGGCUGCUCCACUGGAGGGACAUGUGCAGCCAGGGACCACUGGAGUCAGAGCAGUGGCACCAGAUCCAGCCCAACACCCCCAGACCCUGAUCCUGCCCACAGUCCACAGACAGGGCUUGCCUGAGACUCAGGUGCCCACAGGAGUGAGCUAGAUGGGAUCUCCGAGCCAUGGAGGGUGAGGUCUCACCCACACAUCAUUGUGGGAUAAGUCUGGGCUCCAACUCCAGGACUGGAGAUCAGUGGUGGUCAGCACAACCCCUUCCUGAACGGCUGUGGAGGAGACUGAGCCUGUCUGAGGUGGCUUCAACACCGGGGAGAGAAGAGGAGCCUUUCUCUGUUCUGUCCACCAUCACCAGCUCAGUGACUACACACAGAACCUUGGCCAUUGCAGGAGAUGGGUGGGAAGAUCACCCAGCUGGGAGAGCAGCCCCAUGGCCACCACAGUGGUUGCAGCUAAUGCCCCUUCCAAGCCACCAUCACCAGCCCACCCUUCCCAUUCAGCCCCUGAGCUGGGACAUGCCUGAGAGGGGAGCCACAAGGACAUGCUGAUAUCACCUGGUGAGAAAGGUGUCCACUGGCAUUUUUAAUUAAUUGCUGACCCAAACAAGUGGUUGAUAAACAAAUAAAGGGGUCAGGGAUGAUUGCAUGUGUGGAGUCAUUGGAAUUCUGUCCUACCCAUGGGCCAGCAGUGUCCAUGGUCCAUCAUGUCCUCUGGAGCGGUGGCCUGGGUGAGAAGGGAGGUCACCUUGGGGGGUGGGAGAGAGCAAACCCCUGCCUGGUGCUAAUUAGUGAAUUAUCAGGACUGAGGCCCCUCUCCAAGUGGGCCAAUUGGACACGGAAACUCUUCCACCAGGUCUUCACCCCCAGGGUGUGACCCAUGGGACAAUCCCAGCUCCCAGCCCCGUCUGGUGGAAAGAGCUUGUCUGCAGAGGCCACUGGGGGAGGCAGUGCAUGAGCCACCGUGAUGAAGACCAUGAGGAGAGUCACCAUGGCAAGGAAGGCCAUGGUGAGGGUUGUCACUGGGGGGAUCAUCAUGGUGAGGAAGGCCCAGUGGUGAGGAAGGGCU